AUGCCCGAAAUUACGGAGAACGAGGAAAAGGUAAGCUCCGCAGAAACAAUUAUAUCCAUUGCAGCAGAUCGAGAGACCUUUGAAAUCAAAACAUCCCCUGCAGCACAAAUGGGCGUUUUGGUUUCUAAAAGGCGACCGAACCAGAGAUUGGGAAGAUUGUUUGAAACAGGUUGUAGUAAUUGACAGUGUCGAAGACUUCUGGGGGUACGUUCCGUUGCCACUGAUAUCAUUUCGAAUUUAGUUUCUACCUUCGGAUUGUUCCGGCUUCUGGUCUCUCCUUUGGAAGUGACUAUUAUCUCUUCAAAGAGGGCAUUAAGCCUAUGUGGGAAGACCCCCAAAAUGUGAAGGGAGGCCGAUGGCUUGUUAUUGUGCACAAAGCCCAGAGGGCAACCAAGUUGGAUGAACUCUGGUUGGAGAUUAUGAUGGCUAUUGUCGGUGAACAAUUCGAAGGACACGGGGAAUACAUUUGCGGAGCUGCUGUCAAUGUCAGACAGAAGGGAGACAAGGUAAGACUGCUUUUUUUAAUUUUAUGUUUUUUAGAUCGCUUUGUGGACCUCUGAUGCUUCAUUAGACGAUGUAAACCGACGAAUUGGCAUGAUCUUGAAGAAUAAGCUUGGAUUAGACGACAACAUCAGAUAUGAAGUUCAUAAGGACGCCUCGGCGAGAACUGGUUCGAUGGUCCGUCCAAAAAUUGUCAUCUCCAAAGAGACCAAAGACAUUCCCAAGGAGAAGAAGGUCGAGGGAACGCCACCAGCAUAA